AUGCUUGUACUGGUGAAUGCACUCUACUUCAAAGGAUCUUGGGAACAAAAAUUUGAUCCAUCAAAAACAACCCACUCAAACUUUUAUCUCAGCGAUGAAACUCCGUCGUCGGUUACGGUCCCUUUCAUGACAGAUAGCUAUGAAGAUCAUUUUGUUUCGUGUUACCCCGGAUUCAAAGUACUUCAACUACCAUACAAAUCUAUCAAUGUGAGUGAUCAGCCAAGUCAACAGGAUAACUUUGCUAUGUACAUAUUUUUACCCGACAGACGAGAUGGACUAGGUAAUCUAAUUGAGCAAGUUAGUUCGGAACCAGGUUUCCUAGACCGUCAUCUCCCUACUCGACGUGUUGAAGUGGGACAACUUAAAAUUCCUAAAUUUAAGAUAUCAUUUGGGUUCGAGGCUUCCAGAGAUUUUAAAGAGAACAUGGAACUAGAUAUAAUUUUUGAUCCAGGCCAAGCAGAGCUGACUGAAAUGGUGAUGCGUUCUAGUUCAAAAUCCAAAGACGGAUCCAGUAUUAACCUCUCUGUUUCAGGAGUUGGACACAAGUGCUUCGUUGAAAUUGAUGAACAAGGGACUGAAGCUGCGGCCGCAACUGAUAUUGAUUGUGGGUUUUCUUGCGGAUUUGCUCCUAUAGACUUCAUUGCUGAUCAUCCAUUCAUGUUUAUUAUCAGAGACAAUGUUAAUAGGGUGGUUUUGUUCAUGGGCCAUAUUCUUAAUCCACUCUUGCCUUGGCUUCAUCUUUCUCUUCAUUCUUUGAUCAUCUGA